AUGUCAAAAUUCUGUUUCGAUUUAUUUUUGUGUGAAUGAAAUUGCGAAUGGAAUUUUCGUCAGUCUACGUUAAAGCUUUGUCAUAAGAAUAAAUAAGUUUGUUCCAUUCUAUACCCUUUUUCAAACAGAAUGUCGACAUCUCCGGGUGUGGUAUAAGUUUGAAAAUGUACGACAGCACUUGCGGCGCCGCCGCCAGCGGUCAGUGCGGCAAGGCGCAGCCCGACGGUGAUAUCCAGUCUCCCCGGGAACCUCCGCCGGCCCCGAUACAGAGGGAUUACAGCGGGUUUGACAUCGUCAAGGCGACCCAGCAUGGGGCUUUCUUGCGUGUCAAGGAGCUGGUAGAGGCCGGAUGGGACGUCAACCAGCCGGAUCGCGAGACGGUGACAUUGCUGCACUGGGCGGCCAUCAACAACAGACGGGAGAUCAUUCAGUACCUACUCGCGAAGGGAGCGCAAGUGGAUGCCAUCGGCGGCGACCUGGAGUCGACGCCACUGCACUGGGCGACGCGGCAGGGCCACUUGGAGGCCACGGUGCUGCUGAUGCAGGCGGGUGCGGAUCCCUCACUGCGGGACGCGGAGGGCUGCGCGUGCCUGCAUCUGGCGGCGCAGUUCGGGCACACGUCGGUGGUGGCGUACCUGGUGGCGCGCGGCGUGUCGCCCGACGAGCCGGACGCGGUCGGCAUGACGCCGCUCAUGUGGUCGUGCUGGAAGGUGUCGGCCGUGGACCCCACGCGCCUCCUCAUCACACUGGGCGCUUCCACUCGCCCCGCCGACCGCUCUCAUGGCAACACGGCUCUACAUUGGGCCAUACUUGCUAAAAAUACCACAGCUAUAACUACACUACUUUUACAUGGUGAUGCCAGCCUGGACGUGCCCAAUCUCCGCGGGGUGACGCCGCUGGCCCUGUUGCAGAGCUCGGCGGACUCGCUUAUGGUGGGGGCCAAGGUUUCUGACAAAAUUAAAGAACACAUAGUAGCUUCUUCCAAGAGGAAUUUCCUUAGGAGAUUGACUUAUGACAAGAAGUUCCGCUGGUGGUGUGUGGUUGUGAUGCCCUUCCUGGCGUUCUACGUGACGGGGCUCGUGCUGGAGAUGGACGCCCUCUACCUGGUGAAGGCCUUCCUGCUGGUCUGCUUCUAUGCAAUGCUGCACUUCGUAUCCAACAUUCUCUUUGACGAUGAACUAAAAAACAUCUUCCCUCUCAGUGUAUACUUGGCUACAAAGGCGUGGUUCUACGUGACGUGGGUGGUGUUCGUGUGGGGCGCGGUGGGCGGCGCGGCGUCGCUGCUGUUCCUGCUGUCGUCGGCCGCGCUGUGGUUCACGUUCCUGCGCUCGUGGCGCUCCGACCCCGGCGUCAUCACCGCCACCAAGCAGGAGAAGUUCAAAACGAUCGUGCAGCUGUCGGAGAGCGGGCGCGGCGGCUUCGAGCCCGCGCGGUUCUGCUCGGCGUGCCUCGUGCGGCGCCCGCUGCGCUCCAAGCACUGCUCCGUCUGCAACCGCUGCGUCGCCAAGUUCGACCACCACUGCCCCUGGGUCGGCAACUGCAUUGGUGCCAAGAACCACCGCUACUUUAUCGGUUUCCUGGCGUCGCUGAUCUGCAUGUGCGGCUGGAUGCUGUGGGGCGGCGCCCGCGCGCUCGCCGCUUCGUGUGGGACCGGUACCGGGACCGGGACUGGGACUGGGACCGGGACCGCCGCCGGGACCGACAGCGUGCUGGACGCGGCGCUGGAGGCGGCGCGCUGCAACGCGUGGCUGGUGUGGGUGAUGCUCAACGCCGCUUUCCACCUGUUCUGGGUCACCGUGCUGCUCUGCUGCCAGUUGUACCUGGUGGUGUGCCUGGGCAUGACGACCAACGAGCAGCUGAACCGCGGCCGCUACCGGCACUUCCAGAACAACCGCGGGCGCUCGCCGUUCUCGCGCGGGCCGCUGCUCAACGCGGCCGAGCUGUGCCAGUGCGCGCCGAGCGGGCCGCCGCCCGCCGACGACGAGCUGCUGCUGCGGGACCACCACUACGUCUGAGCGCCGCCUGCUCUUUAUGUGUAUAUUUUGUAAAUCAGAGUGCGGAUGCACGUGAAUUCGCUUGUAAAUACGCUUAUUUAAAUUUCAGAGACAUCCAUUUUCGUACAGUAUUAAGUACCUCGUAUUAUACAGAUUUUUUAUUUCAAUAACGAUUUAGUGAUGAAGUCGAGUUUUAAUGACUUUAAAAUAAAAGUUUAUAUUAUUAUAUAAAAUAAACUGUCGCGAACAAAUACUUAAUUUUAAAUCAAAUAAAUAUAAGAACGCUUCCGAAUGAUGUACUCAGACAAUGCGAGCCCUGUCGUUGUGCUUGUUGGGGCCGUCAGUGAGCAGCCUCGCUCACCCAAUAAUGCUUCUCCUAAUUAUGAUUCGUGAAAGUAUUUUAUUUUUAUUCCGUCCUUUUCAACAGUAACAGUGCUAACAAUUUUUUGUCGAUUUUUCCAAACCACCUUCACACAAAUUUUAGUCAUAUAAUCAUGCGUAUCAAGUUAUUGCCUAUUUAAAAACAGUCUCAUAAGUCCCAUCUACCAUACUAACGGCAAAUGUGAGAAACAGUUACAUACCGUUUUCUCAAUACAGCCUAAAAAGAUGUUUUUGUUUUAUUUACAAUCUAUUUUUCUCUCUUCAAUAUUCAAAGUUGUCAGCGAAAUGUGCCAUAUAUCACAAUUACAUGAAGUCUCCACGAUUUGAAAUUUCUGAAGACAUUUUGUUUUAUCGGCUUGGAGCUAGUCUGCCGAAAUUGCCUAAAGCCGAGCUUGUGACUGGCGCGACGCGGCCGCCAACGAAUCCAAUGACUGGAUACUGGAUGGAUGUGAGCUUAACUUGAUAUCAUUAAAAUAGAUCUUUAAUAAAUGCUAAGUACAUAUUGUGUAGUAUCUUAUACGGUUAUCUUAUUUGUUUACCUUCAAUGUACCUUUUACCAAAUAAUGUAUAGAUAUUGUAAUGAAAUGAAACCAAAAUGCAUUUGAUUUAAAAUAUUAAAGUAUAAAAUAUG